AUGAAUAUGUUGGAUGAUGAAGAUGACCAAAGCUUUCACGCUACGCGUGACGGCUACUCCCAUUUGAGCGAUGUCGAAUGGGAUGCGGUUGAACGAAUGGGUUCGACCAUGGGCAUCCAUGCUGUUAGCGUCAUGCUAGAGGCUCUCAAUAGAGAUGCCCAACAUGCUACUAUCGCCAAGUUCAUUCAAAAUGAACUUGACGCUGAACGCGAGAAAGUAGCCUUGCUUCACCAACAAGGUUCUCAACAAGCAGAGUUGUUGAGAGAACAGGGUGCUCAACAGUUUGAACUGUUGAGACAGCAGCAGGCUGCUGCUGGUGGGUCGAUGCACUUGCGUCGAUCCGAGACCUUGAAGAUUGACAUCUCCAAGUAUAGGGGAGUCGAAGAGGACUCCCUCUUGAGAUGGUUCGUCGAAUUGGAUGACGCCAUAAGGGCGCGUCGCAUCGACGACGGGGAUAUGCAAGUUGCAUUUGCCCAGUCAAAUCUGGCAGGACGUGCCAAGACUUGGGCACUGGGGCUCAAGUUACACGACCCAUAUGCGUUUGGGUAG